GGAGCUUUCCGCAUAGCCCACGUUACCAUGGCCACCCACUUCUCCAAGGAUCAGGAGGAGAGACUGAGGUGUGUGAAGGGGGACCUGUUCUCGUGCCCCCCGCAGGAUGCGCUGGCGCACUGCAUCAGUGAGGAUUGCCGCAUGGGUGCCGGCAUAGCCCGGCUCUUCAAGGAGAAGUUUGGAGGUGUGCAAGAGCUGUUGGAUCAACAAAAGAAGACUGGGGAGGUGGCAGUGCUCCAGAGAGAUGACCGGUACAUUUACUACCUGAUUACAAAGAAGAAAGCUUCUCACAAACCAACAUACGAGAGUAUGCGGAAGAGUUUAGAGGCCAUGAAAGCUCACUCUCUGAACAACGGAGUCACUGACAUCUCCAUGCCUAGGAUUGGAUGUGGACUCGAUGGCCUUGAUUGGAACAAAGUUUCAGCAAUACUUGGGGAAGUGUUUGAAGACACCGAUAUCAAGAUCACAGUUUACACUCUGUGA